UUUUAUGUUGAGGACUAUGGGUUUAGGAUUCUUUCAGCCCGUGGCAUUUCGGUGGCAACUCGGAAAACCGUAAAGGUGUGCUCUCUCUGGGUAACGACCCCUUGGACCAUCUUGUUAUAUAGGUAGAGAACGAGAGGUAAAAAGAACUGUGCCGGCUACCUGCCUUCGAGUAUUAUGUUUGCUAAACACCAGCCCAAAGUGCUUUCUGUUUGGUGGAAGCAAGGAUCUCAUGCUGUUCCCAGUAGGCCUUUUGGGAAUAGAUACAGGAAAAGCUUUUCAGGACAAAAGGUUAAAAGCAUGCAACUGAUGCUUUAGGAAAUGGAAGGUGCAUCAGAUGGCUUUGAAGUUGUUACAUCAGAAGGGUCAGGUGCAGAGCAAUCACCUGCAUCCUCACAAGGAAAAGCAGUCAGAAAGACUGGGGACCUAGCAGAGAAAUCUCUACUUCCAGAACCUGCAGGCACUGCACAGUCAGAGAACAGCUGGGACCAGCAGUCUCCUCAAAAUUCAGUACUACCAAAGAAUACAGCAAAUGGGACAGAGACAGCAAGCAUGAUUGAGGAUAGUCAAACACUUAGGAAGACUGGGCCUAUUUUUAAUGAAACUGUCCAGACUGAGAAUCAGAAACGUUUUUCUGGGAAAGUAAUUCAACAGAAUUACCACAUGCCUGAUGUCAUAACUGUCAGAGUACAAAGAGAUUCUCAUUCAUUUCAAGAAGUAGAUGUAAAAAUUGAAAGACCUACCUAUAAUAAACCUUUUCUGGGUGGAUUUAGGAACAUGUCAACAGGAGUGGAAUUUCAUAAUGCAGGAUCACAAACAAAGUCAAAAAAACGACCUGACAAAGGAAUUCAGUUAUUUUGUAGGGAAACACAGACAAUUGUGGAAAAAAAUAAGCAACAACAAACAAGAAAUACAACAUCGACACAGAUGACUAAAAUUGGCCUUUAUGUAUCAAACAUGACUGACAAACUAAUAACUCCUGGAAAGUAUUUUACAGCAGAGGAAUACCAUAAACGUAGACUUGAAGCAGUAAUAGUAUUACAGAAAUAUUUCCGUCGUUGGCAUGCUAUAAAUUUAGUACAAAAUCUGAAGGAACAAAAGAGGUUAAGGCUGGCACGGGAGGCACAAGAAGAAUUACAGAAAAAAAGAGAGAAAGAAGAAAAAUUGAGAAGGGAGUAUGAGAAAAAACUGAACCCUAAAACAAAAGAAGACUUUGAGCUACUGUACCAUGACUUGGAAUUAUGGAUGCAGGAGGAGACUGAGCGAAUUAACAGAACUCUUACUGGAGCUGAAAGAAAGGCAGCACUUUGUGCACUUCUGGAAGAAGAGACACAGCUCAUUGCUUGCAUUGGGAUGCACAAACUAGAUGCCAAUUUGGAGAAUCAACAAAAAGCAAUAAUGCACUUUCUGCGUAAGUGUGCACAACCUAGGAGGUGGAAAGCAUUUGAUGGAAAAAUCACUGAAAUGGAUACACAGAGCACUCUCCGUGGCAAAGAACUACUUGAAAUCUACUGUAGCAUUACCACAAAGGACAUCCCAAAGGAUGAGAGAAUAUCUGUGCUGUUAACAGUCAAAUGUACAGUGAAGGAACAUGAAUGUAAACUAACACAGGAAUUAGUGGCAUUAAUUGACAGGGAAAUUGAUCUUAUAUCAAGAGAGGUGAAAGAAUGCAACUUGGAAGGACUGAGGAAGAGAAUUUCUACAUUAUUUCUUCAGUAUAUCAAAAUUCCAGAGUUUAACUCUGAAGCUGCUGGAUUACUUAAGGUUCCACAAGAUCCCUUAAAACUUUAUAAAAGAGUUUACUUCUGUCAUAGCUGUGAAAAUUACUUAGCAUCUACUGAGUUUCCCAUUCCUGCAAAUUCCCGCACCAUUGGCAGAUGUCGCUCGUGUUACCGGCUUGAUAAUGAGGCUCGGCAACGAGAAGCAUAUUUGAAGUAUAGACUUAUACUAGAAGAUCUCAGAAAGUCUGAAGUUGAUUAUCAGGAUGAUAGUAAAAUUGUUUUCUUAGUUCAGCUUGCAGAUAUGCAGUACCUUAUUGAAAACAUAUGGAACUGCCAGUCAGCUCUCAGUGCCUCCAGUGACCUGUAUGAUUUGGUUAUGGUUAGGUGGGAUAAGCAGCAUGAGUGGUCUCCAUGGAACACUAUUCUCCUCACUAAAGAAGAGGCAGAUGCACAUCUCAAGCUGUGUAACCUUGAGAAGACUUAUGAAGCUCCAUUUAUUUCCAAAAUGGAACAAAAGCAUAUUCGGGCAAAAAACUACUUUGCUCAGAUUCCUGUGAUGUCAUCAUUUUUGCAUAGAAGUAACAAUCAGGCUAAUGCAAAUUCCUACAAAAACCAUAGUUCUUCGAAGUUAAAGAAGUGAAGUAAAUUCCUAGGUUUUAAAGAAAUAUACCUUUUCAUCAAUACCCUAAUUGU